AUGUUGAGAUCCGCAGCUCCCUUGAGAUCUUUUCUCAGAUUCAAUUCGUCUAAGGCCGGCCACUACGAGGCCGUGGUUGUUGGCGGUGGCCCAGGUGGUUACAUUCACGCCAUCAAGUUGGCUCAGCUCAACAUCAAGACCGCUUGUAUUGAGUCCAGAGGUGCUCUUGGUGGUACCUGUCUUAACGUUGGCUGUAUUCCAUCCAAGUCGCUUUUGAACAACACACACUUGUACCACCAGAUCAAGCAUGAGUCUAAGGACAGAGGUAUUGACCUUCCAGGUGAGGCCUCCAUCAAUGUGACCCAGUUGCAGGCUGCCAAGGAGAAGUCUGUCAAGGGUUUGACUCUGGGUGUCGAGAUGCUUUUCAAGAAGAACGGUGUCACUUACUUGAAGGGUCACGGUGCUUUCAAGGACGACAAGACUCUUACGGUGAAGCCAAUCGAUGGCUCUGACCCAUACGAGGUUACUGCUGACAACAUCACCAUUGCCACUGGUUCCGUGCCAACUCCAUUCCCAGGCAUUGAGAUUGACGAGGAGAGAAUCGUCACUUCUACUGGUGCUUUGGCCUUGAAGGAGGUUCCAAAGAAGAUGGCCAUCAUUGGUGGUGGUAUCAUUGGUUUGGAGAUGGCCUCUGUGUACUCCAGAAUCGGUUCUGAGGUUACCAUCAUUGAGUUCCAGAACGCUAUUGGUGCCGGUAUGGACGGUGAGGUUGCCAAGCAGACCCAGAGAUUGUUGCAGAAGCAGGGCUUGAAGUUCAAGUUGGGAACCAAGGUUACCAGCGGUAAGAGAGAGGGCGACAGCGUCAAGAUCUCUGUUGAGGAAGUCAAGUCCGGUAAGACCGAGGACUUGGAGGCUGACGUUUUGUUGGUUGCCAUUGGUAGAAAGCCAAACACCGACGGCUUGAACCACGAAGCUGCUGGUGUUGAGGAAGACGACAAGGGCAGAAUUGUCAUUGACUCUCAGUUCAGAACCGCCAAGCCACACAUCAGAGCCAUCGGUGACGCUACUUUCGGUGUCAUGUUGGCCCACAAGGCCGAAGAGGAGGGUGUCGCUGCUGCUGAGUACAUCAAGCACGGCCACGGCCACGUUAACUACGGUAACAUUCCUUCUGUCAUGUACACCCACCCAGAAGUCGCUUGGGUUGGUGCUAGCGAGGAGCAGUUGAAGGCCGACGGUAUCAAGUACAAGGUUGGUAAGUUCCCAUUCGUUGCUAACUCCAGAGCCAAGACCAACUUGGACACUGACGGAUUUGUCAAGUUUCUUGCUGACGCUGAGACUCAGAGAGUGUUGGGUGUUCACAUCAUUGGUCCUAACGCUGGAGAGAUGAUUGCCGAAGGUGGCUUGGCCCUCGAAUACGGCGCCUCCACCGAAGACAUUGCCAGAACGUGCCACGCCCACCCAACCUUGUCUGAAGCAUUCAAGGAAGCUGCCUUGGCCACUUUCGACAAGCCACUCAAUGCCUAA